ACUCACGGGAAUCAAAUGGCGUAGGUACAAUUUUGGAGGGCAUGGGGACUGUGGACCCAUAAUUUCAGCCCCAGCCCAGGAUGAUCCAAUCCUGUUAAGUUUCAUCCGCUGUCUGCAAGCCAACUUACUGUGUGUAUGGCGUCGUGAUGUCAAACCAGAUUGCAAAGAAUUAUGGAUAUUCUGGUGGGGAGAUGAGCCCAACCUAGUGGGUGUAAUACAUCAUGAACUGCAGGUUGUGGAAGAAGGACUCUGGGAAAAUGGCCUUUCCUAUGAAUGUAGAACACUGCUCUUCAAAGCAAUCCACAACUUAUUAGAAAGGUGCCUCAUGGAUAAGAACUUCGUUAGGAUUGGGAAAUGGUUUGUUCGUCCCUAUGAAAAGGAUGAAAAGCCAGUCAACAAAAGUGAACAUUUGUCCUGUGCUUUCACCUUCUUUCUUCAUGGGGAGAGUAAUGUCUGCACAAGUGUGGAGAUUGCCCAGCACCAGCCAAUCUAUCUGAUCAGUGAGGAGCAUAUACACAUGGCUCAAUCUUCACCUGCACCAUUUCAAGUACUGGUAAGUCCUUAUGGCUUAAACGGCACGCUGACAGGCCAGGCGUACAAGAUGUCAGACCCAGCCACCCGUAAGUUGAUCGAGGAGUGGCAGUAUUUCUACCCCAUGGUGCUGAAAAAGAAAGAGGAGCUGAAAGAGGAAGAGGAGCUGGGAUAUGAUGAUGAUUUCCCUGUGGCAGUGGAAGUAAUUGUUGGUGGUGUUCGGAUGGUUUACCCUUCAGCUUUUGUUUUGAUAUCUCAGAAUGACAUACCAGUUCCUCAGAGUGUUGCCAGUGCUGGUGGCCACAUUACAGUUGGGCAGCAGGGACUUGGGAGUGUGAAGGACCCAAGUAACUGUGGGAUGCCUCUUACUCCCCCCACCUCUCCAGAGCAGGUUAUCAUAGGUGAGAGUGGAGGUACACAGGGUGCUGUCAGCCACCUAGGUUCCCAGGAGGGGGGCAUGAUAACUAUGCACAGUCCAAAGAGAUCGGGGAAGAUUCCUCCAAAACUCCACAAUCACAUGGUCCAUCGGGUCUGGAAGGAAUGCAUCCUCAACAGAAGCCAGUCCAAGAGGAGCCAAAUGUCAACUCCAACUCUCGAAGAGGAACCGGCAAACAACCCUGCCGCCUGGGAUUUUGUGGAUCCGACCCAAAGAGUUAGCUGCUCUUGUUCCAGGCAUAAACUUUUAAAACGUUGUACAGCAGGACCCAGUCGACCUCCCACAAUAUCGCAACCAGGUUUCAGUGCAGGACCAUCUUCAUCUUCAUCUUUACCACCUCCUGCUUCUUCUAAGCACAAAACAACAGAGAGACAGGAAAAAGGAGACAAGUUGCAAAAGAGACCCUUGAUACCAUUUCACCACCGGCCCUCGGUGGCUGAAGAGUUAUGCAUGGAACAGGAUCCACCGGGACAGAAGCUGGGGUUGGCAGGGAUUGACUCCUCCUUGGAGGUGUCCAGCAGUAGGAAGUAUGAUAAGCAAAUGGCCGUGCCUUCCAGAAACACAAGCAAGCAAAUGAAUCUGAAUCCUAUGGAUUCACCUCAUUCCCCUAUUUCCCCGCUGCCACCAACACUCAGCCCUCAGCCCCGAGGUCAGGAAGCAGAGAGUUUGGACCCGCCGUCUGUCCCUGUGAAUCCAGCCCUUUACGGAAACGGGCUUGAGCUCCAGCAGUUGUCAACUCUGGAUGACAGGACCGUCCUUGUAGGCCAGAGACUGCCUCUGAUGGCAGAGGUCAGCGAGACAGCCCUGUAUUGUGGGAUCAGGCCCUCAAACCCAGAAUCUUCAGAGAAGCAGUGGCACAGUUACUGCCUCCCACCCAGUGAGGAUACUGAGUUCAAGCCGCCCGAGCUCCAGGGUGACAGAUACGAUGCCAAAAUGGAGGUAAACUCCGAGAGCACCGCGCUGCAGAGACUCUUAGCACAGCCUAACAAACGGUUUAAAAUCUGGCAAAACAAGCAGCCCCCAAUGCAGCCUCUCCACUUCCUCGACCCGUCAUUGCCCCUAACCCAGCAACCAGGGGACAGUGUGGGAGAAGUCAAUGAUCCAUAUACCUUUGAGGACGGUGACAUAAAAUACAUUUUCACAGCAACCAAGAAAUGCAAGCAAGGAACGGAGAAAGAUUCCCUGAAAAAGAAUAAGUCAGAGGAUGGAUUUGGUACCAAGGAUGUCACUACACCAGGUCAUUCCACGCCGGUGCCUGAUGGGAAAAAUGCCAUGUCUAUUUUCAGUUCUGCUACUAAAACAGAUGUCCGGCAGGAUAACGCUGCUGGCAGAGCUGGCUCCAGUAGUCUCACGCAGGUGACAGACUUAGCACCUUCCCUGCAUGACUUAGACAACAUCUUUGAUAAUUCCGAUGACGACGAACUUGGGGCUGUAUCACCUGCACCACGCUCAUCAAAAAUGCCUGUGGUUGGGACAGAAGACCGGCCUCUUGGCAAAGAUGGAAGAACCGCAGUUCCUUACCCACCAACAGUUGCAGACCUGCAAAGGAUGUUCCCCACCCCCCCGUCUUUGGAGCAGCACCCUGCUUUCUCCCCCGUGAUGAAUUACAAAGACGGAAUCAGUUCAGAGACAGUGACAGCCCUGGGCAUGAUGGAAAGUCCAAUGGUCAGCAUGGUUUCCACGCAGCUCACAGAGUUCAGAAUGGAAGUGGAAGAUGGAUUAGGGAGUCCCAAGCCAGAGGAAAUCAAGGACUUUUCCUAUGUGCACAAAGUCCCAACCUUUCAACCCUUCGUGGGCUCCUCCAUGUUUGCGCCGCUGAAGCUGUUGCCGAGCCAAUGCUUGCUACCUCUGAAGAUCCCCGAUGCCUGUCUGUUCCGGCCUUCGUGGGCCAUCCCUCCGAAAAUCGAGCAGCUGCCCAUGCCUCCUGCAGCCACUUUCAUUAGAGAUGGCUACAAUAACGUGCCUAGUGUCGGGAGCCUCGCAGACCCAGACUAUCUGAACACGCCACAGAUGAACACGCCUGUGACACUCAACAGCGCUGCCCCAGCCAGCAACAGUGGGGCCGGCGUCUUGCCAUCUCCAGCCACCCCUCGCUUCUCUGUCCCCACACCUCGAACCCCCAGGACCCCAAGAACUCCCAGAGGUGGGGGCACUGCCAGUGGGCAGGGGUCUGUGAAAUAUGACAGCACCGACCAGGGGUCACCAGCCUCUACCCCCUCCACCACACGGCCCCUCAACUCUGUGGAGCCUGCCACCAUGCAGCCAGUGCCCGAGGCCCACAGCCUCUACGUCACCUUGAUCCUCUCCGACUCAGUGAUGAAUAUCUUUAAAGACAGGAACUUUGACAGCUGUUGCAUCUGCGCCUGCAACAUGAACAUCAAAGGUGCAGAUGUCGGGCUGUACAUCCCUGACUCCUCCAACGAGGACCAGUACCGCUGCACCUGCGGCUUUAGCGCCAUUGUGAACCGCAAGCUUGGCUACAACUCGGGACUCUUCCUUGAAGACGAGUUGGAUAUUUUUGGGAAGAACUCCGACAUCGGCCAGGCUGCAGAGAGGCGGUUAAUGCUGUGUCAGACCACCUUCCUGCCUCAGCUGGAGGGAGCCCGCAAAUCCCAGGAGCCUCCUGUUAGCCUUCUCCUCCUCCUGCAGAAUCAACACACACAGCCUUUCGCCUCCCUGACUUUCCUGGACUACAUUGCCUCCAACAGCCGCCAGACUCUGCCGUGUGUGAGCUGGAGUUAUGACCGGGUGCAGGCCGACAACAAUGAUUACUGGACGGAGUGCUUCAACGCACUGGAGCAGGGCCGCCAGUAUGUGGACAACCCCACAGGCGGCAAGGUGGAUGAGGCCCUGGUCAGAAGCGCCACCGCACACUCGUGGCCUCACAGCAACGUUCUGGACAGCAGCAUGCUCUCCUCCCAGGACGUGGUCCGCAUGCUGCUGUCUCUGCAGCCCUUCCUCCAGGACGCCAUCCAGAAGAAACGCACCGGCAGGACCUGGGAGAACAUCCAGCAUGUGCAGGGCCCGCUCACCUGGCAGCAGUUCCACAAGAUGGCAGGCCGGGGGACCUACGGAUCUGAAGAGUCUCCUGAGCCGCUGCCCAUCCCCACCCUGCUGGUCGGCUGUGAAAAGGAAUUGCUCACCAUCUCGCCCUUCUCCUUGCCAUUCUGGGAGAGGCUCUUGUUGGACCCAUAUGGAGGCCACCGUGAUGUUGCCUAUAUUGUGGUGUGUCCAGAAAAUGAGGCCUUGCUCGAAGGAGCCAAAACUUUCUUCAGGGACUUGAGCGCUGUAUACGAGAUGUGUAGGCUGGGGCAGCACAAGCCCAUCUGCAAAGUGCUGCGUGACGGGAUCAUGCGUGUGGGGAAGAGUGUGGCACAGAAGCUGACGGACGAGCUCGUGAGCGAGUGGUUCAGCCAGCCCUGGGGCAGCGAGGAGAACGACAAUCAUUCCAGACUCAAACUGUAUGCGCAAGUUUGCCGCCAUCACCUAGCACCUUAUUUAGCCACUCUGCAGCUUGAUAGCAGCCUGUUGAUACCACCUAAAUACCAGGCCCCACCAGCAGCCGUACAGGGACAAGCUACACCAGGGAAUGCUGGGCCUUUGGCUUCAAAUUCAGGCUCAGCAGCACCCCCUGCUGGCAAUGCAUUCAAUCCCACCUCCAACGGCAGUUCCUCAAACACGGCCGCAGGUUCGGCCCCUGGCUCCUCGGUGCCCCCGGUCUCUGCAUCGUCCUCUGCUCCAGGCCUCAGCCAGAUCAGCACUACCUCUUCUUCCGGAUUCACCGGUAGUGUUGGAGUGCAGAACCCUGGCACGGGGGUCUCUGCAGAUAGAAGCCAAGCAAACAUCGGCUGCAGUGGAGACGCUGAGCCCGGGCAGAGCUCCUCUCAGUCCUCGCAGGAUGGACAGGAAAGUGUUACUGAAAGGGAGAGAAUAGGAAUCCCCACAGAGCCCGACUCUGCCGACAGCCAAGCCUACCCGCCCGCCGUGGUCAUCUAUAUGGUGGACCCGUUCACAUACACGGCCGAAGAGGACUCCACUUCUGGCAACUUCUGGUUGCUGAGCUUGAUGCGCUGCUACACAGAGAUGCUGGAUCAUUUGCCCGAGCAUAUGAGGAACUCUUUCAUUCUCCAGAUUGUGCCUUGCCAGUACAUGCUGCAGACAAUGAAGGAUGAACAAGUCUUCUACAUUCAGUACUUGAAGUCCAUGGCGUUUUCCGUGUACUGCCAGUGCAGGCGGCCUCUGCCCACACAGAUCCACAUCAAGUCCCUCACGGGGUUUGGGCCUGCAGCCAGCAUCGAGAUGACCCUCAAAAACCCAGAGCGGCCCAGCCCCAUCCAGCUUUACUCCCCUCCUUUUAUACUGGCCCCAAUCAAAGACAAGCAGACAGAGCUGGGCGAGACGUUAAGCGAGCCGAACCAGAAAUACAACGUGCUCUUUGUGGGCUACUGUCUGUCCCAUGACCAGCGCUGGCUUCUAGCUUCCUGCACUGACCUGCACGGGGAGCUGCUGGAGACCUGCAUUGUGAAUAUCGCUCUGCCUAACAGAUCUCGGAGGAGCAAAGUGUCAGCACGGAAAAUUGGACUACAGAAGCUCUGGGAGUGGUGCAUUGGGAUUGUUCAAAUGACGUCUCUGCCCUGGAGAGUUGUGAUCGGCCGGCUUGGGCGGCUGGGCCACGGGGAGCUUAAAGAUUGGAGUAUCCUGCUUGGAGAAUGUUCACUGCAGACAAUCAGCAAACAGCUCAAGGAUGUGUGCCGGAUGUGUGGCAUCUCGGCCGCAGACUCUCCUUCGAUCCUUAGUGCCUGCCUGGUUGCCAUGGAGCCGCAGGGCUCCUUUGUUGUCAUGCCAGAUGCUGUCACAAUGGGCUCUGUCUUUGGCCGAAGCACCGCCCUGAACAUGCAGUCGUCACAGCUCAACACGCCCCAGGACGCGUCCUGCACACACAUCUUGGUGUUCCCGACGUCCUCCACCAUCCAGGUGGCUCCGGCCAACUAUCCCAAUGAGGACGGGUUCAGCCCCAACAACGAUGAUAUGUUUGUUGACCUUCCGUUCCCAGAUGACAUGGACAAUGAUAUUGGCAUAUUAAUGACUGGGAACCUCCACUCACCUCCUAAUUCCUCCCCAGUCCCCUCCCCGGGCUCUCCUGGAAUUGGCGUGGGCUCUCAUUUCCAGCACAGUCGGAGCCAGGGCGAGCGACUCCUCUCCCGAGAGGCUCCCGAAGAGCUCAAGCAGCAGCCGUUGGCCCUCGGGUAUUUCGUGUCGACUGCCAAAGCCGAGAACCUGCCCCAGUGGUUCUGGUCAUCGUGUCCCCAGGCCCAGAAUCAGUGCCCCCUCUUCCUCAAGGCUUCGCUGCAUCACCACAUUUCGGUAGCACAGACGGAUGAACUUCUCCCUGCCAGGAAUUCGCAGCGGGUUCCCCACCCUCUGGACUCCAAAACCACAUCUGAUGUUUUAAGGUUUGUGCUGGAGCAGUACAACGCCCUGUCCUGGCUCACGUGCAACCCGGCCACGCAGGACCGGACCUCCUGCCUCCCCGUCCACUUCGUGGUGCUCACUCAGCUGUACAACGCCAUCAUGAAUACACUCUGAGAGCAGCACUUGUUCUCUCGGGCCCAGUUCCUUC